GGCGGAUCCUGUAGAACUACAAGGCUUCAUAAACCUCCUCUAGCUCCUUUUUCCAAUGGGGAUCCAGUUAGCGAAGUUUUACAGAGAGUUACAGGUCCUUCUCUCCGAAAUCUUGGACACUUUAUAAAACAAUAAUUGCAUUCAUCAUGUUAUGCCACAUAACUCGCCCGGACUCGGUUGUCCUGGAAGUGAAUGUGGAUACAAAAGCGAACGGAGAAGAAAUUCUCAAUAAGGUUUGUCAGAAGAUGGGAAUCAUAGAGGUUGAUUAUUUUGGUCUCCAGUUCACCGGUUCAAAGGGAGAAAUUUUGUGGUUAAAUCUCAGAAACCGGAUAUCUCAACAAGUAGACACCCUGUCUCCCUGCAAACUGAGGCUGCGAGUCAAGUUCUUUGUCGAGCCCCAUCUAAUUCUGCAAGAGCAAACAAGACAUUUGUUUCUGAUGCAUGUGAAGGAGGAACUUUUUAAAGGAAGUUUGCGGUUGGACAAAGAGCAAGCAAUAGAGCUCUGUGCGUUAUUAGCUCAGGCAGAGUUUGGAGAUUACAACCAUAACACUGCCAAGUACUGCUACUCCCAGAUUUAUGGUCAAGACCCAAGCCAUGACACCAUUAACAACAUUUAUAUGAGGCAUAAAGAAUUGGAGGGUGUUAGUCAGACUUCAGCAGAAUAUCAAGCCCUGCAGAUGGUUUCCUCCCUCAGCUACUACGGAGUGGAGUGGCACUCCGCCCGUGACUCUGAAGGAAAGGAGCUGAUCAUUGGUGUUGGGCCAGAAGGCCUGUUUGUCUGCAAAACAGAUUUUAUUCUUGUUGAAAGAAUCAUAUAUCCGGUCAUACAAAUGGCCACUCAGACAGGAAGGAACGUAUAUGUCACCAUCACAAAAGACAAUGGGGACAGUGCGGUUCUCCUCUUUAAAUUCAUCAGUCCUAAUGCUGCCAAUGGAUUAUACCGUGCUAUCACAGAGAUCCACACAUUCUACAGGUGUGAUACGGUAAUGAGCACAGUGAAGAUGCAAUAUAGUCGAGACUUCAAGGGUCACCUGGCUUCUCUGUUCCUCAACGAAAGCAUUGAUCUUGGUAAAAGGUACAUCUUCGAUAUCCAGCGCACAUCCAAGGAAGUGUACGACCGUUCUCGGCGUGCCCUGUUCAAUGCAAGGAUGGCGGUGUCUGGAUGUGGGGGCCCGAGAGACAUUUGCGCUCCAUGUCCUUCACCGCAGGCUGAGACGGAGGAGAAGACAUGUGUUGGCUGCAGAGAAACUUUUGAAUUGAAGGAGAAACUUCAAAGGCUACGAGACGCCCUGACCUGCGCUUUGUGCUGUGAACAGGAAAUCAGUGCUGCAUUCUGUCCUUGUGGACAUAUGUUCUGCUGUUACAACUGUGCCAGCCAACUCCAGUAUUGCCCAGUGUGCCGCUCAGGGGUCGACCAUGUUCAGCAUGUCUAUUUACCCACCUGUGCCAGUCUACUUACCCUGGCAGAGGUAAAAACUACCUGCACUGUAUCCAGAGGGACUUCUGCCACAGAGCUAUAAAGCAAAGACCUAACAAAUGUAAGAAAAAAAAAACCUAUGCACACUGCACACGGACCGAUACACUGUUGGACAAAGACUUUUUUUUUAAAUGUAGAAAUAGUGAGUGAAUCUGGCUCUCAGUACCUUGAGAAUAAUGACUCAACUCUCAGUACUCCGACAUUCUUCAAACAACAGAAAAAAUGUAUGACAGCAUCCAAAAAUAUUUUGGAUUUUGGUCUGUGCAUUCUUGUUAUUUAACUGCUAAGCAUUGUGGUAUUUUAUACAAUAUGCAGCUAGGCAUAAAAAUGCAUUAACAAACAUUUAUUCAUGAGGAAAUAAAUGAAACAGAUGUGGGCAAAACAGUCAUAGAGUAUUUAGUGUUCAAAUACAGCAAAUACCUAUAAAUACUACUUUUAUUUUAACUGUGAACCAAAAAAUAUCAUAUAGUUAUAUAAGUAUUUCUCAAAUCAAGGAUUUAUGUCAUAUUUAUAUUUUCAGACAUGUAUAAGUUGAUUUUGUGGUACAUUCUGCAACUUAACACUCCACAACAACCAUAUCUUUCAGCAAAAAGAUAAUUAUUUUACAUUUGUCUGCGAGUGUGUACAGCCGUGACCAAAACGUUUGAGAAUUACACAAAUGUUAAUUUUUCACAAAGUCUGCGGUCUUAGUUUUUAUGAUGGUAAUUUGCAUAUACUCCAAAAUGUUAUGAAGAUGGAUUGCAAUCAAUUGCAAAGUCCCUCUUUGACAUGAAAAUUAAACCCCCUUUACAAAAAAUAUCCUCUGUUUACUGUGGUUACCUGCAAUGAAAUGUGCAGUCAUCAUUGCUUUGCACAAAAAGGGAUUCACAGGCAAGGAUAUCGCUGCUAAGAUUGCACCUUAACCAACUAUUUAUCGGAUCAUCAAGAACUUCAAGGAGUGGCACCAAAAAAGUCCAAUGCUUUUUCCAGCAUAACGGAAAACCUUGCCAUAAGGCAAAAGUGAUAACUAAGUGGCUCGGGGAACUGAACAUUGAACUUUUAGAUCCAUGGCCAGGAAACUCCUCAGACCUUAAUCUUAUUAAGAACUGGUCAAUCCUCAAGAGGUGGGUGGACAAACAAAAACCAACAAAUUUGACAAACUCCAGAAAUUGAUUAUUCAAGAAUGGACCACCAUCAGUCGGGAUUGAAAGGUUGAGUGGAUGUUAUAAGCUCGGUAUGGAACCAUACGUCCAGACAAAGAACAUCCUAGGAAAUUUUCUAUCACAAAAUACUUUUUAAAUGAUGUCAUGUAUUUUAUCAGUUUUAGCUUUGAAAUAAAAAUCUUUCAAAGACCAGGAAUGUUUGUCCUGGGGUUGUAAUGUCUUGUGUUAUUGUUUAAAAUCCACUGGAAAGCCAUACACACACCCUCUUUGUCAUGGUCCAUUUGUACAUUUAAAAUGGUAUUCAACUGUUUAAAGAAAGAAACCUUAUAGUCAGUUAUAAACAAUAUGAAGUUCAGACAUUAUUAGUAUGACACAGAUAAAGCUAUUGUUACCUAACAUGUACCGAGUCCACACUAUACAGUAUAUUACUGUGCUGUACAGUUCAGACUCCUAUUGAAUACAAUAUAGAGACAGGUUUUUGCACGUAUUGUACUGAUAUGAAUGUAAUUUCACUGAUAUGCUUACUGUACAGGCAUGUACAGUGUCUGACGUGUAAGUGGCAAAGGUUAUAUCUAAUAAAAUUUUAUCAAGACUUUGGACAGGGUAAAAAAGUACAGUAAAAACAUACUGUACCUUCAUACAGGGCACAGCUUACAGUGAAUUGCUUUUUUACAGAUCGUAGCCAAUCCCCAAUUUUCAUUAAUACACUCUUGGACAGGAUGUGUUAUUUUUACACAUCUUUUUGUGUUAAGCUUUUAACACAAUAUAUGUAAUUUUAACACAUUAUAUGUCAUUUUGUGUUAAAAUAAAACACAAGUUGUGAAAAAGUAACACAAAAUGUGUUGUUUCAAUAAUAACAUAGAGAGGGGUGGAUUCUUUGACAACCCAUUUGUGUUGUUUUUAACACAUCCGUUCUAAGAGUGUAUGCUGCUAAAAUGUACAAAAUAAACAAUGUAUAUACACCUCAAAUAAAGAAAUGAUGCAUUUUAUAUUAUAUACAUUUAUAAAUAAUACAUGCAUAUAUUUUAAUGUAUUUUGUUCAGGAAAUGCACAUUUUACACACCUCAAUGCCAGUAGUGUACUACAGUAGAAGGGUCUGUUAAGUGCACUCUCAGAAAAAAAGGUACAUAAAGGUACAAAAGUUGUCUCUGGGGUGGUACCUUUUCAAAAAGUACGUCAUAAGU